CGCGGGGGCGGGGAGGCGGGCAAGAUGGCGCCCGGCGAGUGAUUCAGCUCAGAUACGUCCAGCCGCCGCUGAGACACCGGGGCGGGGGGUCCUGCCCCCACUGCCGCCCUUCCUCCUCUCCCCCGCCCCCGGAGACCCCCUCCUCCCCUUCCUCCCUCCAACCUCGGGGUGGGGGUGGGGGAGCGGGCCUGGUUCCCGGGACACCAUGUCGGACUCUGAGGAGGAGAGCCAGGACCGGCAACUGAAAAUCGUCGUGCUGGGGGAUGGCACCUCCGGGAAGACCUCCUUAACUACAUGUUUUGCUCAAGAAACUUUUGGGAAACAGUACAAACAAACUAUAGGACUGGAUUUCUUUUUGAGAAGGAUAACGUUGCCGGGAAACCUGAAUGUUACUCUUCAAGUUUGGGAUAUAGGAGGACAGACAAUAGGAGGCAAGAUGUUGGAUAAAUAUAUCUAUGGAGCACAGGGAAUCCUCUUGGUAUAUGAUAUUACAAAUUAUCAAAGCUUUGAGAAUUUAGAAGACUGGUAUUCUGUGGUGAAGAAAGUGAGCGAGGAGUCAGAAACUCAGCCACUGGUUGCCUUGGUGGGCAAUAAAAUUGAUUUGGAGCAUAUGCGAACAGUAAAACCUGAAAAACACUUAAGGUUUUGCCAGGAAAAUGGUUUUAGUAGCCACUUUGUCUCAGCAAAGACAGGAGACUCUGUCUUCCUGUGUUUUCAGAAAGUUGCUGCUGAAAUCCUUGGAAUCAAAUUAAACAAAGCAGAAAUAGAACAGUCACAGAAAAUUGCCACACUGUUUUGUUAGAACAAGGCAUUUUGCUGUCCUGGAAAAUGGGCGAUAAAUCUACUCUCCCUGUGAGAUGAAUGGCAGCCCAUGGAUGGCCUUGGCCUUGCAGCUGGAAACCUUCGUGUCUGGAUGUAAAACUGAUGAAAUUAGAAGAGAAAAUUAUUUGUCCAACUUGUACUUGGAAAGCAAAAUCCUAGUGUUCAAAUCCUGGGGCCAUACGAUGCCCGGGGCUCCGGUCUCUGUCCCCAUGUUAUCAGGGCAUCCUAACUGUCAGGAGAGCGGUCACGCUGGGAAACUGGGCGAGGGGCUCAGAGAGUAGGUAAGCCCUGCCUGGAGCAGUGUGAGGGAGUGGUCCGGAUGGAUUUGAUCUGGGAGGGGAGGCCGGGACUGACAGCCUGGCCUGAGACACCCUCCCUCCCUGCACCUUCGGACCCGAGGAAGUGAACCUUUCUGUGGAGGGCCUUUGGGCUGAGCUCAGAACCGCAUACAUUCCAUUCUGUCUGGUCCUUCAUUGCUUCAGUUUUCCACGCUGCAGAGCUGGGAACCAGAGGAAAGGCAGACUAUUUGUUUUAAAGUCCUGCUUCCAAGUUGUAUUGAAUGUCCCUGGGCCUCCCACGCUGUAGAUUGAAGUGAGGCUCGGGGCCGGAGGCUGGGCUGGAGAGGCAGCUCUCCCUGGCACCGCACGGAGGCUAGCUCGCUGAGCCACUAUCACCUAAGCCUCGAGCCCUGGCCUCCUCAGUCCUUAAUGAGCCCGGAUCCUUGGGGGGCACGAUUCCUAGCCACCGUGUCUGCCAAGCCGCUUCUCCUUUCCCACUAUUGCUGCCCUCAUCCCCGAUGCCUGGAUUGCUCCAACGGCCUGCUUCCUUCCGAGACCUCCACAAUCUGCUGCACACACAGCUGUGAGAAUAAACUUGGCCCACGGGUUUGGAUUAAGUUACUCUUGUUCCAAACUCCUCGGUGGCUCCCCAUGGCCUUUUCCGUGAAAGGAAAAUGACUUCCUCAGCCUGACAUUCAGAAUCCUCUAACAGCUUCCCCAUUCUUUCUUCUGAGACAUCUGUUCAUCUUCAACUCUGGUGACUACUUCGUUCUAGCCAGUGGUCCCUCACCUCUGUGUCUGUACUGGGAUUUUCUCUAUGGAAGGAAGGACCUGAAGAGGCAAGUUAGAGAACCUGCUCCUGCUGGCUCAAAACCAGUUGGCUGUAUGACGAGUCGAACCACUUAACGUCUCCGGGCUCAGUGUCCUGAGACCUAUUUAUGAAGAGCAGUUAUAUUUGCUCUUCACCAUGGCUUAUCAUGGAUGCAGUGCAGGUACAGCCUGAGCUGUUUGUAAACAUCUUCUCAGCUGGUGCAUGUGGUAAUCAGCCCUCAAGAUGGCCCUAUGACCCUCACCUCCUGCUCUCCACAUCCUGUGUCAUCCCCUUUCAUGCUGAAUCACCGUGGGGCGUGGAUGGAGUGUGGGGUGUGAUCUCCAGGGUGAGCUCAGAAGAGGCAUUAUGGACUUCCACCUUGGUCCCUCCAAUUGCUCCUUCUGAGGGAGGCCAGACACCAAGCCAUGAUGACACCCAAGCAGCAAUUUGGAGAGGGCCAUUGAAAGAAGACAUUCCACCAGCAGUCGGCAUCCACUUGCCAGCUUAUUGAUGUAGCCAGCUUGGAAAUGAAUCCUCUGGCUUUUCGUCUGACUGCAGUUUCACCAGAGGCCCUGUGCUAGAUGCGCCCAACAGAGGUGCCUCCAAAGUCCAAAGAAAUGACGAGAGCUAAUGAAUCAUUAAUGUUGUUUGAGGUCGCGAAAUCUUGGGACAAUUUGCUUCACAGCACUAGGCACCUCAGGUGGUGGGUAUUUGUGUUCUCUCUGAUAGAUGGGGAAACUGAGGCUUAGGGCAGUUUAAUAACUUGCUGGAGGUUGUACAGUUGGAGAGUGAUAGAACAGGGGUCCAAACCCAGGUCUGCUGGGCUCAGAAGCCUGGCUUCUUCUUUUUUAAAGUUUAUUUAUUUAAGUAAUCUCUACACCCAACGUGGGGCUCAAACUCACGAUCCCGAGGUCAAGAGCUGCAUGCUUCUCCAGCUGAGCCAGCAAGGUGCCCCAGAAGCCUGACUUCUUAACUAUUGUGUGAUGCUUCUUACGUAUUAGUAUCCCUGUGGCUGAUGCACAGUAGGUGCUUAUUAAGCAGUUUCAAAUGAAUGAACAAACUACUUUGAUGACUGAAUAUAUAAAUGAAUUACAUGUAUAUACAACUAAAAAUAGUGAGUAUUUGCAAUCUCCAUUAAAUCGGGUUGGAGUUUCUUCAAAAACUUUAAUCUCCAAAUGAAAAGACCCCUAUCAUUUUUCUGAUUAUAGAGAUAUUCUACUCGUGCACUGUUGGUGGGAAUGUAAAUUGGUGCAGCCAACUGUGCAAAACAGUAUGGAGGUCCCUCAAAAAAUUAAAAAUAGAACUACCAUGCAAUCCAGGAAUUCCACGUCUGGGUAUAUUUCUGAAGAAAACAAUAACACUGACUUGAAAAGAUAUAUGUGCCCUUAUGUUCACUGCAUCAUAAUUUACAACAGCCAAGAUUUGGAAACAACCUAAGUGUCCCUUAAUAGAUAAACGGAUAAAAAUGUGGUAUAUAUGUCCAGUGGAACAUUAGCUGUAAAAAAGAUUGAGAUCUUGCCAUUUGUGACAGACCUAGAGGGUACUCUGCUAAAAGGAAUAAGUCAGAGAAAGACAAAUGACAUAUGAUUUCACAUACGUGGAAUCUUUUUUAAGAUUUUAUUU